GACUACCUGACAGUGGAGCACGCUGUGUGCGCGCGGCGCGUGUCUAUGGUCGCUCCUCCACCAAAAAAGACGAGAAUUUAAUUUUUUGUGUUUUUUCUUUUCUUUUUCUUUUUUUUUCUUUCUUUCUCCGUUUCCCGGGCGCGAGGAUACGGAAGGACAGUUAAAUCUCCUCGAGCCAGCAGCAGGCAGCCAUGCACCUGAACCGCGACGACGAGGACAGCAAAGGUUCUCUGUCCCUGAGCGUCUUCCUGGUGUCGGUCAGUCUAACGGUGUGUGUCGUGUGGCUCGUGGCACUGUGUGGGGUCUGUGGAUGGUGCCAGCGCAGACUGGGUAAGAGGAAUAAGCCGGGAGUGGACUCAGCAGGUUCUCCAGACUCAGUAUCAGUUCGAGGUCGGGGAGAGAAUAAAGCCAUCAAUGAUCUAGACAGAGACUUUUGGAAUAAUAAUGACAGCAGUAAUGUUCAGCAGCGGUGGAGCUCAUACCCGCCCAAAGAGUUUCUUCUAAACAUGUCCCCCUACGCCCCAUACGGAGACCCCCGCCUUACGCCCAAUGGCACGCUGGAGAAGGGGGAGGCGGGUGGUGGGGCAGGGGGCGGUCCGAGUCGCAGUGACAGCGCCAGGAGCAUAGGGGCAGGCAGCAGCAAGGCCGGGAAAUGGCACACCGUCCAGAGCCACUUGCACUCCGGCAACUUGAGGCCCAGCAAUUUUGGGGACACAUCCCUGUCCACCACUUCCACCUUGGAGCACAUCCCGUCCUCGGCCGCUCGCCCCAGGCCCCUGGUCAGGCAGCAGAGCCUCCAGCAGCCCCUAACCCACCAGCCCCCGCCAGGGCCCAACGACCCCCCAGCCACCUCCCAGAGCCUGGGCCAGUUGCACACAGGGCCCGGGGGUGGGGGCCACCGGGGGGGCCCGCGGGGGGUGCGUGGCAGUGGCAGCCCGGCUGGGGCGGGGGCGUCACGCUACAGGACGGGCGGAGGGGCACGAUCGCGCUCAAACCCGGGCAGCUGGGACCACAUGCUGGGGCAGAUCCGUAACAGAGGGAUGGACGUCAAAUCUUUCCUGGAGGGGAAGAUGGUGGUGCUGUCACUAGCGAUCGGAUUGGCUGAACAGGACGACUUUGCCGACUUGCCAGACCUGCAGGAGAAACCGGCCAAUCAAGAAACUCCACCUGCUGACAAGAGGGUGGUUGGGAAUAAACCCAGCAGCAGCCCCAAAGGCCAGACUCCAGACGAGAGCCGCCGGACAGACGCCAACUCCUCUGUGUCCGACCUAGCCAACUCCGUCACCAGCGACAUGCUGAUGUUAUCUCCUGGUUCUGAAGAGGAGGAGCAUGAAGGCCAGAUAUGUGAGAAGCUUGGACGUGUCCAGUUCAGCGUGGGCUACAGCUUUCAGGACUCCACUCUCACCGUGAAAAUACUCAAAGGUCAGGACCUUCCGGCCAAAGAUUUCUCCGGAACCUCGGAUCCUUUCGUCAAAAUCUACCUAUUACCAGACAAGAAGCACAAACUGGAGACCAAGGUCAAACGGAAGAACCUCAACCCUCACUGGAACGAAACCUUCUUGUUUGAAGGUUUCCCAUAUGAGAAGGUAGUGCAGCGGACACUGUACCUGCAGGUGCUGGAUUAUGACCGUUUCAGCAGAAAUGACCCGAUAGGAGAGGUCUCCAUCCCGUUAAACAAAAUCGACCUGGCUCACAUGCAGACCUUCUGGAAGGAACUUAAGCCGUGCAGCGACGGCAGCGGGAGUCGAGGUGACCUGCUGGUGUCUCUGUGUUAUAAUCCCACGGCUAACAUCAUCACUGUGAACAUCAUAAAGGCACGCAAUCUCAAAGCCAUGGACAUCGGCGGCACCUCAGACCCUUAUGUGAAAGUGUGGCUGAUGCACAAAGACAAGCGUGUGGAGAAGAAGAAGACUGUGGUGAUGAAGAGGUGCCUGAACCCCGUGUUUAACGAGUCCUUUCCCUUCGACGUCCCUGCUCACGUCCUCCGGGAAACCACCAUUGUCAUCACAGUCAUGGACAAGGACAGACUGAGCCGCAAUGAUGUCAUAGGCAAGAUCUAUCUCUCAUGGAAGAGUGGCCCGGCGGAGGUAAAACACUGGAAGGAUAUGAUUGGCCAUCCUCGCACUACUGUCGCCCAAUGGCACGCCCUCAAGGCUUAAAGGCCCCGCCCCCAGUCCGGUCCCCAAGAGGAGAAACCACACCUUCAGACCCCUGUUUAUAUGCACAAGAUUGAACACGGGUAUCAAAAGCCAUCCAACACUUUCUCUCUUUCUCUCUCUCUUUCUCUAUAAGCUCCACAGAGGGGCUGUGGAGAUCCCCGUUUAGUUUCUUUGCCCACUUUUAUCUUCCUGCUCCCAGACCCUACUUUUCUUCUUUUCACCAAAAAGAGGCUGAGCACUGCCAAGAUUUUCAAAAGAUCCUAUGUUGUUCAGAGGAAAACAGGCUUGUCUUCCUUGAGAUUAAUCUCGACUGCUUAACUGUUCCAGGAACAGUUUGACGACCAAACAGGGUGACCGCCACUAUAUCAAACUUCCAACAUGGUUAAAACCAGAAAACGGCUGGAAAGAAAAAAAAAACCCCAAAAACCACAACUGCCCCUCUACUGCCAUGUUUCAUGUAUUUCUAUCUUUUUCUUCACUUUUUGCCCUUUUACUUCUCAAAAACCUUCAGAGAACAUCCAGAAGGAUCCGUUCGCAGUGCAAUACGUGAUGGAGGGAGAGACGAACUUCUUAUCGUAAACCUUUUUCGUCAUCUCUCGCUGUUUUUUUUCCCGGCACAAAGUGUAGAAACCCCUCUUUGCUGGAACCCAAGCCCCCCUCGCCUCCCCCCUUGUCUGUAUGUACCGUGGGUGCCGUGAUGUGACAAAAAAAAGUUAUUGUUCCAAACAAAAAAAAAAAAAAAGUAGAAAAAAGACUCACCUUAUCUGACUGGAUCAGUUUAACGGUUUA